AUGACAGGGAACCUUUCUCUGUUACGGAACAUCGAGAAUAUUAUUCCAUGUACUGUGGGGUUCGCGGAUGGUGGAAAGACUCUCUCGCUUAGCAAAGGAUCUUUGACGAUAUCAUCUAAGCUCACGUUACAUAACGUCUUAUAUGUCAAAGAUCUUAAUUGCACUUUGAUUUCAGUUUCCAAGUUACUGAAACAAACCGGUGGUGUAGCUAUGUUCACUGAUACUCUUUGUGUUUUACAGGACCGUUUCACGAGGACUUUGAUUGGAGCCGGUGAGGAACGUGAUGGGGUCUACUAUUUUAAGGAUGUUAUGGCAGCUAGGAUACAUCGAGCAGAUGCAGCAAUGGACUCUGCUUUGUGGCACCAGAGGCUAGGACAUCCUUCGUUUUCAGUGCUUUCUUCUUUGCCAUUGUUUUCUGGUUCUUCUAGACCUGCUUGUUCUGAGAGACAAUUUGGAAAGACAUUCAAGAUGGUUAGAAGUGAUAAUGGCACAGAGUUCAUGUGUCUUUCGUCGUUUUUUCGUGAAAAAGGGAUUGUACAUCAAACUUCAUGUGUAGCCACUCCGCAGCAGAAUGGUCGUGUCGAGAGGAAGCAUAGACACAUUCUUAAUGUGGCGCGAGCGCUCUUGUUUCAGAGUAACUUGCCAAUUAAAUUCUGGGGUGAAGCUAUUCUCACUGCGUCGUAUCUCAUCAAUAGAACACCAUCUGCCAUUCAUCUUGGUCGUUCCCCGUAUGAGAUUCUACAUGGUGAGAAACCCUCUUAUGACCAGUUAAGAGUUUUUGGUUGUGAGUGCUAUACACAUCGGACCACACGCGACAAAGAUAAGUUUGGCCAGAGAAGUCGUCGGUGUGUGUUCUUAGGUUAUCCAGUUGGAAAGAAAGCAUGGAAGGUGUAUGAUAUUGAAAGGGACGAGUUUGUUGUCUCUCGUGAUGUCAUUUUUAAGGAAACUGUUUUUCCUUACUCUAGUGAGAUUCCUUUUCUCUCUCAGUCGUCACGAGUGACCGGUGUUGAUGAUGACGGGUUCGUUGCUCCCACGAAUGUCGUAAGGGGGAGCGUUGUUCCGCUUAUGCCUGAAAGGGGGAGCUCUGCUGCAGCUGGAACAAAACAUCCACAAGAACCUGUUUCAGUACCAACAACAGAAUCAGAACAUCCACAAGAACCUGGUUCUGUAAUUGCAGUUGAUUCCUCCCCUAAUAAUGUUACUACACAGAACGAAACAGAGGUUAUUCCAAUCGUUUCUGCGCCUGCUCUUGGACGAGGUCUUCGCAAGAAAACAGAGUCUGUAAAACUGACAGACUAUGUUACGUACAAUGUCGUGUGUUCUCAAGAUCCCCAUCACGCUCCUCCCGACACAUCGUUUCAGUCUUCCUCGGUCCAAGCUAUUACGGUGGGAGAUGAGCCCAAAAGUUUCAAAGAUGCUGUUCAGAUCAAAUUUUGGAAUGAUGCAAUGGGUUCAGAAGUUGAUGUCUUGGAGUUCAAGAAAAUGUGGGAUAUAGUUGAUUUACCUCCCGGAAAGGAGGCGCUUAGCUGCUUGUGGGUGUUCAAAACCAAGUACAACUCUGACGGAACAAUAGAGCGGUAUAAGGCUCGACUUGUAGUUCAAUGCAACAAUCAGAUUGCGGGCGAGGAUUAUGACGAGACGUUCGCUCCGGUGGUCAAAAUGAAUAUUGUACGGACAGUUCUUCGCACAGUUGCAGCAAAUAAUUGGGAGGUUUAUCAGAUGGAUGUGCAUAACGCUUUUCUUCAUGGGGAUCUCGAGGAAGAGGUCUAUAUUAAACUUCCACCAGGCUUCAGGCAUUCUCAUCCCGGCAAAGUUUGUCGGCUCCGGAAAUCCUUGUAUGGUCUAAAACAAGCACCUCGUUGUUGGUUUUGUUGGUUUAAGAAGUUAUUUGAUUCUCUGCUCCGCUUCGGCUUUGUGCAAUCUUAUGAUGACUACUCGUUGUUCUCUUAUUUGUCUAAAGGUAUUAAACUUCGAGUGUUGGUAUAUGUUGACGAUUUAAUAAUAUGUGGGAAUCAUGAGUAUAUGAUUCAGAAAUUCAAAGACUAUUUGAGUCGCUGUUUCUCCAUGAAAGAUUUAGGCCGCCUCAAAUACUUUCUCAGCAUUGAAAUCUCUCGAGGUCCAACAGGAAUGUUUCUUUCUCAGCGAAAGUAUGCUUUGGACAUUAUCGCUGAACUGGAAAUCUCGGGUCUCGCCCGGCUGCGACUCCUCUCGAGCAAAAUCAUCAACUCGCCACGGUUGACAGUCCACUUCUCGAUGAUCCUAAGAAGUACCGUCGUCUCCUAG